CCCAGGCAUCAGCCAGCUCCACACACACUACGCGAGAGCAGCUUCACUACUUCCCUCUCCCAUCCGAACCCAAGAAGCAACAAUGGCGGCGACGGAGGCGACCCUCGUCUGCUUCAUGAUCGUGGCGCUGCUGGCGGCGCCUGGCACGGUGGAGGCGGCGACGUGCAGCCCGACGCAGCUGACCCCGUGCGCGCCGGCGAUCAUCGGGAACGCGGCGCCCAGCGCGGCGUGCUGCGGGAAGCUGAAGGCGCACCCGGCGAGCUGCCUCUGCAAGUACAAGAAGGACCCCAACCUGCAGCGCUACGUCAACUCCCCCAACGGCAAGAAGGUCUUCGCCGCAUGCAAGGCCCGCCUGCCAAGGUGCUGAACUAGCUAGUGCCACGAGCUUCAUCGAUCUCCCUCAAGCGUUGCACGUACACUACGUACAUUUGGCGAUGUGAUGGCCGUUCGAGUGCCUGCCGAGUAUGUGAGAUAAUAAAACGAGGGGAGUGCUAGGAGUACUUUAUUUUCAGCAUCAAUGAAUUGACAGCGCUGUACUAUAUUGGUACGGUGUGCCAGUUAUGUCCAUGUGUCAUGUAUACUCAUGCCAUGUCCUGUGUUAUGUCAGCAGAUAUAUGUCCUUGAAACUCCGUAUUAAUAAAGAUUCUAGUAGUGCAGUAAUAAUCAUAAAUA